AUGGCUCCCAAGGUGGAUAACAAGCAAGGCAAGACCAAGCCCAGCGACAAGGCUGGUGCUGCCGCCAAGGCAGUCAUUAAGGGUGCUGGUGCGCACAAGUCUCGUAAGGUCCGCACCUCUACGACCUUCCACCGCCCCAAGACCCUUCAGCUUUCCCGGUCGCCCAAGUACCCCCGCAAGUCGAUCCCCCAUGUCCCUCGCCUCGAUGCGCACAAGGUCGUCCUCUACCCUCUCAACACCGAGAGCGCCAUGAAGAAGAUCGAGGAGAACAACACCCUGGUCUUCAUCGUCGAUGUCAAGUCCAACAAGCGCCAGAUCAAGCUCGCCCUCAAGAAGCUGUACGACGUUGACACCGUCAAGGUCAACACCCUCGUCAGACCCGAUGGACUGAAGAAGGCCUACGCCCGUCUAACCCCUGACGUUGAUGCUCUGGACAUCGCUGCCACCAAGCUUGCCAUCGUCUAGAUAUUUUUCAUUUAGGGUUUGGGUGAAUUUUUAUUUUGCGCGGUGGUUCAUAAAUAUCAGUCAUAAAGUUAGCUGCCAAUGCUUGAAUGAGGGCUGAAUGAUCGUUUCCAAAAAAGAAGAGGGAAUUACUCGAAUGCAUGAAUACCACGAAUAAAUCUGGUUCUAGGCUCCGUAGAUCUUAAACCAUUGCCGCGGACUCCUAGGCUACUUGCCUAUCCUAGGCCUAGUGUUUAGUUAAGAGGGUACAAAUCUAUGUAUGUCACAGUAUUACAUGCGCAAGCCACCAGAGCUGAAAAGUGAACCUCCGACACACUCACAGUGCUAUUCCAUGUGGC